AUGGAACAUAUGUGCCAGCUGGUGGAACUUAUAUACCACCAAACCCUCCAAGAGAAGCACCUGCACCAGGACUACCUAAAACAUUUACAUCGUCACAUGGACACAGACACAGGCAUGCACCAAAACCAACACAACAACCAACAGUUCAAAAUCCAGCACCACAACAACAACCAAAACCAACAGUUCAAAAUCCAGCACAGCAACCAACAGUUCAAAACCCUGCACAGCAACCAACAGUUCAAAAUCCAGCACCACAACCAAAACCAGCACAACAACCACCUCCACAACCAGCACAGCAACCAACAGUUCAAAACCCUGCACAACAACCACAAACAGAGCAAGGACAUAAAAGAAGUAGAGAAAAAGGAAACCAAGAAUUCUUAA